UACACCUCCCUCCUCGACUGCUGUGUGCAUCUGCAUACUAAUAGUAUUUUUUCUUCCUUUUCUUUAAGAAAUAUUAGCUUUUCAGCCAGGUGAGUCAUUUUACAGUAUUAUUAUAUUAUAAACAUUUUCUGCUGUUUUAAUAAUCUAUCCAGCUGGUGCAUGGUGAUAAAUAUUCCUUGAGAGAUGGAUGUCUUUAUACCUUAUGUUCUUAGGAUUCUGCUACUGAGAGCCUCUUUCACUUUCACACUUUAGCAUAAAGUUACCAUUUUUUAACUUGUUCCUUAUUGAGUCUCGCAAGAAAUUAUCAGUCCGACUUUUUUUUCUUCUUCAGUCAAAAGCCUUAUCGAGUAUAGUUUUUGAAGUUUUUGUCUUUUAGGAACGUCUAUGUUUUGAAUUUAUAACGCUUGGAAUUUUAUGAUUUGUUGCUAUAGCUAACCACCGAACAAUUUUUUUCCACAAGGAAGUUUCAUUCCAAAUGGCGACUCCAUGUUCAUCCAUGAAUGGCACACAACAGUUCAUGGAUGCAGAUGAAAAUGUGCUUAGUUUGGCGAAGCAGUCUGAAGCGUUUGAGGGCUCUGAUAAACCCUCCUCUCAGAUUUUGAUGGUGAGUGCUUUUGGUUUAUCAGGAAGGAGUCAGAUCUAUGAAUCUCUUUGCCCUGCUGAUUUCACCAUGGAAGACAAACAAAUGGAAAGGAACCCCAAAGGAAAGAAAAGAAGAACAAUAUCAGAACUUGCUGGCUUUUUACCACAAUCUCCAGCAUCCAAGAAUGAUGAUUCACCUGACUUGUUCAAGAGCCCAUCGGAGAGAGAUGUGAAAAAACAAAAGAGUGAAUUGUUCCCUGGUCAAAUUUCUGGCAAGUUAGCUGUUAAGCAAGCUAAAGAGGUCUCUCAAGACGGUGAUGAUUCCAAAGAAGCAUUUAUUCAUGUUCGGGCCAAGCGAGGCAAGGCUACCAAUAGUCAUAGCCUUGCAGAGAGAGUGAGGAGAGAGAAGAUCAGCGAGCGAAUGAGGAUUCUUCAAGAUCUAGUUCCAGGAUGCAAUAAGAUUACUGGCAAAGCAGUGAUGCUUGAUGAGAUUAUCAAUUACGUGCAGUCAUUGCAGCAACAAGUUGAGUUCUUGUCAAUGAAGCUUACAGCUGUUAACCCAGAAAACUUUGAUAUUGAGCAGAAUUUUUCAAAAACUGCGCGACAUGGAAAUCCUUCAUUCCUAGGUCUCAGUCCAGCUUUUAGCACUCCAUAUACUAAUUAUCCUGGAGCAAUACAAAUUCCUUCAGAAAUGCUUGUGGCUGCUACCAUAUCUCAGCUUUCCUCCAUUGCACAGAUAGAACAAAUAUGGGAUGAGGAGCUCCAAAAUGCAAUUCAGAUGACUUUCAUCCCCCCUCCACAACCUGUCAGUAACUCCGGAAUUCAUGGAAGGGAUCCAAAGGUUCUUUAGAAACUAUUUUCUCCUUAGACAAGUUAAGAGAAAAGAGCCGGUGUUUCAGAAAUGGAGAUCUCUUGUUUCGUUUUUGUGAUCAAUCAUUUAUCAGUGCAGGUUCUAUGAAAAAGAAGGCUUCCGUUGAAAUUAUAACUGGAUAAGAGUAUAAAAUGGAAAUAACUCUCCUCUGGUUUUUGAAUGAAUCAAGGGAAAAUAAGUGUUGUAUAGCACACGGUUUUAACAAUUUCUUCAAAUUUUAGAUGAAGAAACCACAAGGUGAUGCAUGCUGAUCAUUUGUAGCCACAUAUUCUUCCUGAUUGGUUCAAUAUAUUACUGUUUCUACUGGUUUUUUAUUAUUUUAUUUUUUUUUAUUAUUAUGUGAUAAAUAGCUACUAUUGAGUGCAUUAACUGCUGGUUGUAUCGAGUGAAAGUUUGCUGGUUGUAUCGAGAUAGAACAAAAGAAAUUUAUUUUUGU